AAACAAAAUCACUGAAAAAGAGUGCGAUAGGGUUUAAGGUCCAGACUUUCAUUCACUCUUCUCAUUGAAUUGAAGCGCCACGCCACACCGGCAUCGGCUCGCUUUUACGGCUAGAUACUGCGAAGAAAAUUGAAGCAUCCUUCGGGUGAUUUUCUAAGGGAUUUUGGGUUCGGAGUGAAGAUGAAGCAAGUGGUAGGAAUGGUGGUUUCCAAUAAGAUGCAGAAGUCAGUGGUGGUGGCAGUGGAUAGAUUAUUCUUCCACAAAUUGUGCAACCGAUAUGUCAAGCGCACCUCUAAAUUCAUGGCUCACGAUGAGCACAAUGUUUGUAACAUUGGUGACAGAGUUCGGUUGGAUCCUUCUAGGCCUUUGAGCAAGCGUAAACAUUGGAUGGUUGCUGAAGUUCUCAAGAAAGCGCGAAUAUAUGUUCCACCCUCCACGCCCGUCUCGGCACUCUCCGUUACCUCCGCCGCCUCAACCUCCACGACAACGACUUCUCCGGCGUCCUCCCCGUCCAGCUCUUCAACGCCACCGCACUCCACAGCAUCUUCCUCCACCGCAACAACCUCUCCGGCCCCUUGCCCCCCUCCGUCUGCAACAUCCCCCGCCUCCAAAACCUCGACCUCUCCGACAACUCCUUCUCCGGCCACAUCCCCGACGACCUCAAGAACUGCAAGCAGCUCCAGAAACUGAUCCUCGCCGGGAAC